GGUGGAGCGGCUCCGAGAUUCCCGGGAGGCUCGGAGGCGCGCAUCCCGCCCGACCGGGACGUCGCCCCCGCGGACAUCUCGGAGGCGGAAGCGACGCCGGAGGCAGGUGAAGAAACAGGGGAAGAAACAGAAUAAAAAAGAAGUCAAGAGGUCUCUUCCAAGAUCAAAGAUCAAGGUCAUGGCCUCCACAGGACUCUACAAGCUGGAUGAUGGGAAGCCUCACCUGAGCAACUGCUUUCCAGCCAAAAGCCUGCUUCGGAUGCCAGAGGAAGCAGGCCGAGGACACUGGCUAGUGGCUCGGAAAGGUAGCCUCAAGAAGAAGCCCAAGAAUGUGGCUGAGACAACAGCUGAAGGUCAGGAAGGCCAGAAGGUUUCUUUUGAGGUUGGAGGGAAGAAAGGGUCUCGACAGGAAAACCGGUCGGACACUCCUGGACAGGCGCUGGACCUGGCUUUUCUGCUGAAGCACCACUGUGUGAAGGAUCCAUCAGACCUCUGCAACAUUAACGUGAGCGGCCUGAAGUUCUCCAAGGCUAAGGAAAAGGAUUUCAAGCAUUUUAAUUCAGUGAUUUACAUCAAUGCCUCAGAAAACCUGCUUCCUCUAGAGGCAUUUCACACGUUUCCAGUCUUAAAGGAACUGGAGCUCGCAUUUAACGGCAUCAAAACAGUCUACGUGAAAUACGGAGACUUUAAGUCCUUGGAAUUCCUGGACCUUUCCUUCAACAGCCUGACGGCGGAGGCCAUCUGUGACCUGGGGAUUCUGCCACACCUCCGUGUCCUGCUCCUCACAGGCAAUGGCCUCACCUCUCUGCCACCCAGUUUGGCUGUUGCAGAGCAGGAGGCGUCUGUCACGUCGCUGACCACCAAGAGGUACAUCCUGAGGUUCCCAGCGCUGGAGACACUGAUGCUGGAUGACAACAAACUCUCCAACCCCAACUGUUUUGUCAGCCUGGCCGGGCUCAAGAGACUGAAGAAGUUAAGCCUGGACCAAAACAAGAUUUUCCGGAUCCCGUACCUACAGCAGGUUCAGCUCCGAGAUGGGUCUGGAGAUUGGGUUGGAGGCAGGGGGAGUCCCCGGAAACAGCCCCAAUCCAUGCUGCAGCCCAAGUCGUGGAUCUAUGAGGCCUCAGAUGACCAGCCGGAUUAUACUAUACUGCCCAUGAAAAAGGAUGUUGACCGGACAGAGGUCGUGUUCUCAUCUUAUCCUGGAUUUUCAACCUCAGAGACGACCAAGGUAUGUGCGCUUCCGCCCAUAUUCGAGAUUCUUCCUGUGAAGUCACUGAAGGCAAGGAACCAGACGCUGGCCCCACCCUUCCCAGAGCUGAGAUACCUUAGCCUGGCCUACAACAAGAUUGCAAAGGAAGAUGCCAUCCUACCGGUAGCUCUCUUCCCAUCCCUCUGUGAGCUCAUCUUUCACAACAACCCUCUGGUGACCCAUACACGAGGGGUCCCACCACUGCUAAAAAGCUUCCUCCAGGAGCGGCUGGGAAUCCGCUUAAUUCGAAGGAAGAUCGUAAAGGCUAAGCAUCAUAUAUUGAUGCCUCGGAAGGACUCUCGGAAGGUGAAAACUCAAGUUCCCAAGGUGCCAAAGCAGCCUAUGAUUCUCCCUCACCCAUCCAUGAUGACCAAGUCUUCAUCAAAGGAGAUGCUGGAGUCAGAGGCAGAGCUGACUAAGGAGCCGUCUGCCACCAAAACCAUUUCUGUGGAGCGAGAGAUGCCUAUCGAGGGCCUGGGGGGCCCUCCCAUGCCCCACCGGACCUUCGUGCCACUGCCGCCCAUUUGCUCCAACUCCACUGUGCAUAGUGAGGAGACAUCCCACCGGAGCGAUGCUGCUGGCCGCCUCAGCCCAGACCACCUGUCAGAUGAGGACAGCAAGAGCACAGAGUCCAUCUUCUUGACCCAGGUCAGUGGGUUAUCUUCCUCCAUCUUCCGGAGGGAUGAUUCAGAGACAAAGGAGAAAGAACAAAGACCACCAUCCACAGCACCCGGAGAGGCAAAGAGGACUCAGAAGAAGCCCCCAUCUGCCUCUUUCCCCAGGAAGUACCAUGGCUAUGAGGAGCUGCUGACAGCCAAGCCUGACCCCACCUUCGUUGAGCCAAAAGGAAUCCAGAAGAAUGCACAGGCCUUGCAGCACAUGUUGAAACACCCGCUUGUAUACCGCUCCAGCAAGCCCAGGCUGGAUACUCUGCAGAAACACUAUGUUCCCAAGGAGAAGCGGACCCGGAGGAUCCCUGUUCCGCCCCAACGGAAGACUCGAGCCCAGCUGCUGGAUGACAUCCUCAUUCGCAUGCGGGCCACCCAGAACAUUACAGAGGCGCCACUAGGAGCCGUCCUGCGCCAGCGGACAGAGCAGCGGCUGGUGAACCAGAAGCAGUUCCUGGAGGCCAAAAAGCUGCUGAAGGAGUUCCGUGCACGCUACCGGCGGCUGGUGCGCUGCUCGCUGCGGUCAGUGUUUGGGACCACAGCACCGCCCCAGGCCCGCCCGGCACUGAGCGGGAGCCAGCCUCAGUUGGGCCGCUUCCUCGAAUUCAUGGAUGAAUUCUACCAGGAGCCCACAGCCAGUGACUUGAAAGGCUAGGGCUGUGCACAGGGCCAUGGGUGCCAACUAGCCUGUGCCCUGUACCCUUCACAAGGGUGCCACACCCUUGACCGCUCCUUGGGACAGGUUUAGGUCUCCAAGCUCUGCUCAGCCUUGCUUGCUGGCCACAGAGAGUGGGGAGCUGGUCAGGACCUCCCCUUCCUGGGCCAAGCAGGAAUCAGCACCUUGUCCAACAGCAAUAAAGAGUGAGUGCAUAGA